AAAAGCUAACUUCGUUCCGAAAUGAUGGACGGUAAGAUGACAAUCCACGUGUCAGCUUACAAAAUGAAUAGCAGUAACUAACAUCCGAUUUUCACGCUCGUAUAUAUAACGAGAGGCGGAGGGCAAAAUGUGAUGCUCCAUUUUCAUUCGCACUGCUCUCUUUUUUGCUGUGUAUAAAUUCACUGUCUCUUUCGCUUAUUUCGAAUAUCCUCCUUGCUUCGCUUUGUACCAAUGGCGUCGAAUGGGUACUUUAAGUUGAACACCGGUUUCAUAAUUCCGGCCAUCGGUUUGGGAACCUGGCAGUCCGAUCCUGGCGUCGUUGGCCAAGCCGUCGAGACUGCUAUCAGGGUUGGCUACCGGCAUAUUGAUUGUGCUCAUGUUUAUAAAAAUGAGAAGGAGAUAGGUGAAGUUUUGAAGAGGUUGAUUAACGAAGGUGUUGUCAAGAGGUCAGAGCUAUUCAUUACAUCCAAACUCUGGAACACUGAUCAUGCACCUGAAGAUGUACCAGUCGCAAUAGACAGAACUCUAGGAAACUUGCAGCUGGAGUAUGUUGAUCUGUACCUUAUGCAUUGGCCUGUCAGUAUGAAGCCUGGAUCGGUUGACUUUAAACCUGAAAAUCUUAUGCCAACCAACAUACACAACAUAUGGAAAGCAAUGGAAAAAGUCUAUGAUUCUGGGAAGGCUAGAGCCAUUGGUGUUAGCAAUUUCUCUACAAAGAAACUGGGAGAUCUUUUGCAAGAAGCACGUAUUCCUCCUGCUGUCAACCAGGUGGAGUGCCAUCCUUCGUGGCAACAAGCCAAAUUACGAGAGUUCUGUAAAUCCAAGGGAGUGCACCUAUCUGCCUAUUCGCCGCUUGGUUCUCCAGGUACAACAUGGCUUAAAAGUGACGUGCUAAAGCAGCCAGCUGUAAUCUCAGUUGCUGAGAAAUUGGGCAAGACUCCUGCACAGGUUUGUCUUCGUUGGGGCAUUCAGAUGGGUCAGAGUGUACUUCCUAAGAGCACAAAUGAAGCACGGAUUAAGGAGAAUUUUGAUGUACUGGACUGGUCUAUACCUGAUGACUUGCUUGCCAAGUUCUCUGAAAUCCCUCAGGCAAGGCUGCUGAGAGGCACUUCAUUUGUUCACGAGAAGUAUGGCCAGUACAGAACACUUGAAGAGCUCUGGGAUGGUGAGAUCUAAGGUCACAGUCAGAAUUAACCGCGGAAGAUGGGCAAAUCUUAAUCCAUUUAACUGACAGAUUUAGGCGUCUCGCACACUUUUUUUUCCUUGGAACUUUGGGAGAUCAGUGAAUUGUCAAUCCAUGUAUCUCAUUGAUGUAGGUUUCUUGCACCCCCUAUCCCUCUAUUGCUCUAUGCUGGAAAACCGUUCAAGUGUCGUGCAGAUUCAACGACACUAUUCAAACAUUUGAUUUGCUGGGAUAGUACCCCAAGACCAUCAACUUUUGUGGACCUUUUAUCAUGUAGUAGUUACUGCUAUGCUUUGUUGGACUUAA